GAAGGGGAGAAGAAAAAGAGAAAUAAACGUAAAAAUACUUUAGAUCUUUCAGAAUCUAUUUUUAGUGGGAUUUCUUUUGAAUUAUACAACUGAUGUUUAUUUCAGAUUUCGAAGAACAUUAAGAUAAAGUUACAUAAUAUUGUGAAGUAUUUUUCUAAACAGUAUUUUUUUAAAUAGUCUUUUUUUACAUGAAAACAAAGAAUUUCUUUGCAAGUGAGGAGUUAAAUCUAUUUAUAGCCACGCAAAGUAGGAAUGUAUAUUGCAUGUGACUUUAAAUAUACAAUAUAUAUUUCCUCCCAAAACUUUGAAGAUAAACUACAGUCUGGAGUAGCUUAACUUUCAGUAGCUUUCAACAGUUUCAACUUAUUCACCGGCUUGGAGAAGAAUUUUCUCUUCUUCGCAAAAAUGGCUUCAGCGUUAAACAAAACCGGUUACCAGUAUAAAGAAGAUGGUAAAUUCUCUAAUGAUGAAAUUCUGAAUGCAAUAAAUAAUUUUGUCACUUUAAGAAAAAAUGACACUAUAUUGAGUAACGCUCAUUUAGACACGGUGAUUAAAGAUGGUAUAAUACCUUUAAUGAAACAAUGUGAUCCAUUGUUUGCAAAAUUAUAUAAUUCAAUAAUGUAUGGAGGCUCCUAUUAUAAGGGAACGAAAGUGGAAAAACCAGACGAGUAUGAUUUGAAUAUGAUUAUGCUUUUACCGUGGGUGGAAAGCACUCUGAAGUUUGAAACACCAGAAAAGAUGCCAGGCUUUAUUAAAAUACAAUUUACAAAAGACAGUAAAUUGCAGACUUGGGAUACAUUUCAAAAACGUUUGGACACGUUAAUUAGUCCAAAUAAUUAUCUGGAUCAAAAUAAAUUCCGUGAAUUAAUUGAAUCAAUUUUAUCUAAAAGCUUGCAAACUUUACCAGACGAUCCUUCUUUUCGCAAAAAUGGAAAAAUACUUACAGUUAAUAACAAAAGAUACAGCAUUUCUGUGACUAAAAGUGGUCCAGCCUUCACGUUUGCUAUAAAAGAUCCAGCACAAAAGGAAAUUGAUGUGGAUUUAGUUCCAUCAGUAGAGUUUUCUACUCCUCCACCAAAACGUUACAAGGGAUUUAAAAAUCAAUGCAAAUGGUCAAUUAUUCCAAAGCCACUAAAUGAAGAGAAUGGAAAUUUAAUGUGGAGAGUUAGUUUUUAUAGAGAAGAAAAAGAAAUUUUGAAAGGACCCAUGAAAACCGUGAUUAGAUUAUUAAAAAAACUCAGAAAUACGCAAAAUAUGAAAAACUUUUCAAGUUAUUUCAUCGAAACAAUUGGUUUGAAUGAAAUAAGAGCGAAGGAGAAUGAUCCAAAUUUUAUGAAAUUGCCGAUAACGUGCAUUUUUAUGCACAUGCUGGAAAAAUUGUGUGAGGCUGCAAAAAAUCAUAAGAUUCCAUUUUAUUACAAUAAAGAUUUUAAUUUAUUGUAUAAAAUUUCUCCAAUAGAAAUGAAAAAUCAUGCUGAUAGAUUUGCACAAAUUAUAUCAAAAAUCAAUCAAAACAUUUCCACGGAUCCAUUCAUCAUUGCAAAAUAUAUUUUAACUACGGUUGAGUUAAAUGAUUUGAAAAGUGUAUACUUAAAAUCAAAUGCCAAUUCCAGGGACUUGAAAGAAAUUACAGAAAAAGAAACAAUUGUUAAACAAACUAAAAAAGUUGACAAGGAAACAAAAAGUUCGAUUGAAAAUGAACAGUUCCAUUUACUUUACAAUCUUAUUUCAAGUGAAGCUAAAAAAAUGAAUGAAAUGUUCUCUGAAUUAAAAGAGGAAUUAAAAAAUAUAAAUACAAAUAUGAAAAUUUUAUCUGAAAAAGUAAGUGAACUGCAAGCGAAAUUAUAAAUCAGAAAUUGAAAGAAGUAAGGAAUAUUUUUAUUUUUAUCUUUUAUUAAUUUUUAAUUCAUUUUUUGUGUCUUGUACAAAUAUAGUUAUAUUUUUGUACCUAUUCUUUUUAAAAUUAAAAAAGAAACAAUAAUGUUUAUAGUUCGUUUAUUAUUGCAAAUGCAUUCUAUGAACAUGAAAUCUUGCUAUCUAUUUUAUAUUUCUUUUUACAUAUAACUACAUACAAUUUUUAAUAAUAAAAAAAUAAGACAUUCGCAAAAAUAUCAACAUGCGACAAUUAUUUGCAUUAAUAACAACCAUCGCUUAUCCGUUUUCCGUCCAAUUUUUUUUAAACAUAAUUUUUUGAUUCACAUUUCAUAAAUAAAUAAUUGAAAAUAGUAUUAAAAUAUAUAAAAAUAUAUAUUUCCUUUGAAAUACACAUUUUUAGAAUAAUAGACGAACACAGAAAACGAUGAUAUUUUCAUGACUAACAAUUUUUUUCUUUUCUUUUAUUAUUCUUAGCGAAUAAGUUUAACAAACACACUCAGACUGAUUUAAUAAACAGUAUUCAAUUUAAAUUUUAUCACUUGCCGAAUUCAAUUAUAUAUUAUUUACUCUCUUCUAAUGAAAAGAGUACUUGAAUAUAUUAAAAAUUUAUUUUUAUAAAAAAUAUAUUAUCGUCAAUAGAUAUUAAUUUCAUUUGAAUGACAACAAGUAAUUUUUACUAUUUUACUCUUUCUCUUUUUCAUAAAAAAGAAAUUGCA